UUUUCCAAAUCAGUUCCGAAGGAGGACGUUUGUUGCGAGCGUUGAAAGUGUAUGGUGUUCUAGAAAGCGAGGAAAGUAAGCAGCUGUACGUAAAUCCGGACGGUGAAGUAGACGAACAGAAAUGCGUCAUAGAGGCAUUCGGACUUCCCCGCUACACCUUCUUGAUAAUAAUUGGGAUCAAGAUCACGGAGGAAACGGCAAUAAAGGAAUUAAGUAACAAAUUAAAGGAUGUAUUGGAGAAAUACAUUUUUAAAAAAGUUAUUUUCGUGGACGAUUCUAGCGAUAGACUGAGCCAACAAAUGGGACUGAACGAUAUUUCCCACGUCGAUGGUUACGUGGCCUUCAAAGAUCUCUCAGACGAGUGCCAGGAGAGACUAGUAAAAGAACAAAAUAUAUUUUUCCAAGGACAGCGGAUCAGCUUGGAAGAACUGUUAGCAACGCAGGCUCGUGAAGAUUGGGCGAGGGCUAUAAAUUCCGAAAUCCUAGAAAAGCUAGUUAGAAAGAAAGAGAUCAGAGUGGGCGGGCCGCCUUCCGAUCAAAACGAACGCAACUACAUAUAUCGUACCUUCAAAAGGCAACGAGAAACAUUUCGAGAGGUGACGAUACGCUCCAAUCUAGACGCGGAUGGCAGCAAGAACAAAGAAGAGGUUUACCCAGAAGAAGGCAUUCACGACGUGACGGAAGACGUGAUACUCAUCUCGGACAGUGCGGGAAUGGGAAAGAGCACCGUCCUUACUAACCUAGCAGCGACUAUAAAAGAAAAAAGUCCUCACUUGUGGGUGAUCAAAAUCGAACUCACCGAAUAUACCGCCAUCUUAAGGGACCUGAAGAGGGACGGGCAAUCUGUGAGCGUAACGAAACUGUUAAAUUCUAAAAAAGCAACAGAACUGGCCAACCAUUUAGAAAGGUUCGUGUUCUCCAUGAACAAAAAGGUCGUACUGAUGCUGGACGGGAUCGACGAAAUCAGUCCGGAUUACACCGAGCUCGUUCUCAAUCUAUUAAUCCAGUGCCGGCAAACGUCCAACUUGGACAAACUGUUCGUUACCACGAGGCCUUAUAUGGUCCGAGAAGUGGGAACAGUUUUGAGAGUGAAGCCCUUUGUGUUGCAACCCUUCACGGAAGAUAACCAGGUGGACUUCCUCAGGAGAUAUUGGGAACAUAAUCUGGACGUGGACGGUGAGAAUGAAAGGAAGUGUGAGGUGUACGCCGGGGCACUGGUCGGCAAGCUGGCAUCGUGGACGAAGGGAUGCGAUUACAAGGAAGUCGACUUUAUGGCGGUUCCUCUGCAACUCAGGAUGCUGGCGGAGAUCUUUCAAGAAGGCAUAAAACAGAGCGAGUCGUCGGAUUGGGAAGGAUGCAAAGAGUACCUGAACGGAACUAGAAGAGAACCGAAACUGCCGGAAAGGGUGGCGAUUAAAGAAUUAUACGACAUGUUCAUGGAGAAAAAGAAAGACGUCUUCUUGUACAAAGGAAACCCGAGCGGAAAUACGGCGGCGAACAUGGCGCUGAACGAACAGUUCGACGAAUCUCUCGCUUACCACGCGAGCCUCGCUUUGGAAUUGAUCCUGCAGAAGGAAGAGUGCCAACUUUUCUCGUGUUAUCGACAGGACCGCGAGGAUAUCGACGAGAGCGUGCUGAAAAUAGGAAUCGUGCAAAGAUCCAACGAGGAAUUUUACUUUAUCCACAGGACCUUCGCGGAAUAUUUUGUGGCCAAGAGUUUGUUCAGUGAGCUCCAACUUCAGUUGCACACUCCAAAUGUAAAAUUCCAGGAGCUCUUCAUCAAUAAAGUAUUACACGGUUCUGAAUUCAUGAUUAUCCGCACUUUCCUCGAAAAUUUGCUCCGGAAGGUCGUAAAUUCCACGCCUUCUAAUAUUUUCAAGGUGUAUCAGUCCUGCGCGUGUUACCAGCACUGCCGUGACGAUGGCCACAAGCUUAUCCAUUUGCUGGCGGAGGAAGGUUGUAUCGCCAUCCUGCAGCUCAUCCUCAAGUGCGUAAACUUCAAAAUGACCAACAAAAAAUUAACCGAGUUGCCACAGCACGCGCCUUUGAAAAAGAGAAACGUUUUUCUGUGCCUCGCGCAAAAAAUGGGCAUCAACAACGGGAGUAAGAAUAUAUUAAAAUGCAUACAGACCGUGGUACGAAAGGGCGGGGUCAACAUCAGGGACGUGUUCGGAAAGACGCCCCUGCACUACGCCGCCAGCAGCGGCCGGUACGAGACGGUGAAGUUUCUCGUGGAGCAAGGCGCGAGAGUCGACAGUGUAGACAACGAGGGGCGCACGGCGCUGCACUUAGCCACGGAGACGGGCGACCUGGAAAGCGUCAAGUACCUAAUGCGAUCCAACGGCGACGCCAACAUCGGAGAUAUAACGGGCUGCGAGCCCCUUCACUUCGCAAUAGCCAACUGUCAUUUGAACGUAGUGAAAUUCCUCCUCGAACAGGGCGUACGUUUCGACUUCGGAGACGACGGCGUGCGUACGGCAGCGCUAUUGGCCGUCCUGAACGGCGACACGGACACGAUCGAGUUCCUGCUUCGACUGGGCGUGGACUUCAGCGUUGCGGAUAACUACGGACAGACGGCGAUGCAUUUAGCCGCCAACUACGGCCAGACGGACAAGAUUAAAUUCCUCCUCGAAUUGAACGUGGAUUUCAAGGUUAAGGAUAACAAGGGCAGCACGCCGCUGCACUUUGCCGCCGAGCACGGUCACCUCAACGUGGUAGAGAUCCUUAUCGGACUGGGCGCGGACUUCCGCUGCGAGGAUCACGACGGCCGCACGCCCCUGCACCUCGCCGUUUCGAAUAGACACUUGGACACGAUCGGAUUCCUCCUCGAAACCGGCGCAAACGUUGGAGAUAGCAAAGGCCGCACGGCGCAGCACUUUGCCGCCCACUUCGGUCACGUGGACGUCAUUAAAUUCCUUCUUCGACUGGGCGCGGAUGUGAACAUUAGAAAUAACAACGGUAACACGCCAUUGCACUUGGCUUCUUCGAACGGUCGUGUGGACGCUGUCAAGUUCCUCGUCGAACUGAGCGAAGACGUCAAUGCUGGAAAUAACUAUGGUCGCACGCCGCUGCACUUGGCCGCUUCGAACGGUCACUGGGACACGGUCAAGUUCCUCCUCGAUCUGGGCGUGGAUUUCAAUGCCGCGGAUGACGAAGGUCACACGGCGUUGCACUUUGCCGCCAUGUGCGGGAACUUGGGCGUAAUCGCGCUGCUUUACGAAGUGGGUGCGGAUUUCACGGCUGCCGUCAACAAAGGUCACAACGCGCUGCACUUCGCCGCCAUGUGCGACAACUUGGAAGUAAUCACGACCCUCCUCAAGCUGGACGAGGAUUUCAACGAUAGAGACAGUAACGGCCGUACUCCGCUACAUCUCGCGGCCAUGUACGGUAACUUGGACAUAGUGAGAUUCCUUCGUGAGCUGGGCGUGGACUGCAACGUCGGAGAUAGCACCGGCAAUACGGCGUUGCACUUUGCCGCCGCGCAGGGCAAGUUGGCCAUCGUUCGAUAUUUGGUGAAAUUCGUGAACGUCAAUAUCAAAAACGACGAGUAUCUCACGCCCUCGUACGUCGCUGCCUCGAAUGGUCACUUGGAAGUGGCCAAGUUCCUUUACAAAAAGGGCGGAUAUUUUGCUAUUAGGGAUAGUAAGGGCCACACUGCGUUCCAGUUAGCUGCCUGGAACGGUCACCUGGACACUGUAAGGUUCCUCUAUGAGGUGGACGGUCACUUGAUGACUGCGGACGACGACAUUAGCACAGCGCUGUAUUUGGCUGUGGCGGCCGGUCGACUAGAUGUUGCCGUGUUUCUGGAGAAACUCGGCGGUGACGUCAAUAUAACGGACAGCAACGGCCGUACAUUACUACACGUAGCCGCCUCGAAUGGCCACUUGGACGUAGUCAAAUAUCUCCGAGGAUUGAACAUACGUUUCGAUAUUAAAGAUAAUAACGACCAGAUGGCACUGCACUUGGCUGCUUCGGAGGGCCACCUGGACACCGUCAAAUUCCUCCACGAGCUUGGCGUCCGUUUAAAAACCGUAGAUGAAGACGUUAGGACGGCCCUUCUCUUGGCUACAGCGAAGGGUCAUGUGCCUGUUGCGGAAUAUUUCUUGAAAUUCAGCGGUAACGCCGAUACCAGAGACAACUCGGGCCGCACGUUGCUGCAUUUAGCUACCUCCAACGGUCACUUGGACUUGGUCAAGUUCCUCCACGGACUGAGUGUAGAUUUCGAUAUUAAAGACAACACUGGCCGCACGGCGUUGCAAUUAGCCAUCUCGAACGGUCACUUGGACACAGUCAAAUACCUUCACGGGCUUGGUGAUAGGUCGGCGCUGCAUUUUGCUGCUACGGAGGGUCGGUUAGCCGUGGUAGAACUCCUCGUGGGACUCGGCGACGACGUCAACGUCACAGACGGGAAAGGUCGAACGCUAGUGCAUCUGGCUGCUUCCGAAGGACACUUGGACGUUGUUAAAUACCUCCUGGAACUGGGUGUAGAUUCUAAGGUUAGAGAUAAUCACCGCCGCACGGCACUGCACUUAGCCGCUUUGAAUGGCCACUUGGAUACGGUCAAAUUCCUUCACGAGCUUGGCGCAGACGACGUCGUGACAGCGCUACAUUUGGCUGCUGCAGGUGGUCAGUUGGCUGUCGUCGGAUAUCUCCUGAAACUCCACGGUGAUAUCAACGUCGUAGACUGUAAAGGCCGCACGCUGCUGCAUUUGUCUGCUUGGAACGGCCACUUGGACAUAGUCGCAUUCCUUCAUAAACUGGGCGCCGACUUCAAUAUUAGAGAUAGUAUGGGCCGCACGUCGCUGCACUUGGCCGCCUCGAAUGGCCAUUUAGACACAGUCAAAUACCUCCACGAGCUCGGCGUUCCUUUAAAAACAACAGACUUUGAAGGUAGGACAGCGCUGUAUCUGGCUGUGGCGGAAGGACAUUUGUCAGUGGUCGAAUUUCUCGUGAGAUUCGGCGCUGACUUCAACGUCAUAGACAACAAAGGCCGCACCCCACUGCAUUUGGCCGCCUCGAACGACCACGCGGACAUAAUCCAAUUUCUUCACGACCAAAACGUAGAUUUCAAUAUUAGAGACAACAGCGGCCGCACAGCGCUACAUUUCGCCGCCGCCCACGGCCGUUUGGACACAGUCAAAUUUCUUCUUCAGCACGACGCAGCUUUCAACGUUAGGGAUAAAGAUGGCCUUAUCGAGCUGCAUUUCGCUUCUGCCUCCGGUCAGUUGGACACGACCAAAUUCUUGCUAGAACUGGGACUGGACCGAUACGACAAAAAUAACGAGGGAAGCACGCCGCUGCACUUGGCUGCGGCGAACGGUCGCUUGGACGUAGUCAAAAUGUUUUUUGAAAUAGGUGUGGGGUUUAACGUCAGAAACUACAAAGGUCUCACGCCGCUUCAUUUAGCCGCUUUGAAUGGCCACUUGGACAUACUCAAAUUCCUCCACGAACUGGGUGUAAAUUUCAAUAUUAGAGAUAGUAAUGGUCGCACGGCCCUGCACUUUUCUGCUUGGAAUGGCCACUUGGUCACCGUCACGUUCCUCGUCGAACUGUACGCAGAUUUCAACGUUAAAGAUAGUAAAGGCCUCACGGCGCUGCACUAUGCUGCAGAGAACGGUCACUUGGAGACGAUCAGAUUCCUCGUGGAACUGGGUGUGGGUUUCAACCUGAGGGACGACUACGGCCGCACGCCACUGCAUUACGCUACCUGGAAGGGUCACUUCGACUCGGUCAGGUUCCUUGUUGAAACUGGAGCAAAUUUGAACGUUGCAGAUGAGGACGGGCGUACGGCACUGCAUUUAGCUGUCUGGUACGGUUACUUGGACAUGGUCAAGUUUCUCGAUGAGCUGGGGGCAGAUCUCGACGUCAGAGAUAAAGAUGGCAACACUGCUCCGCAUCUGUCGUUUGACAUGGGUUAUCUUGAGAUUUCCAACUACUUCGAGAAUAGGAAUAAGGAAGGGAUGAGAAGAAGUGACGACGGGGAAUCCUUACCGGGACGUGAUGAUAAUAAGCUUUAGAUCGCAGUCCGCCUGUCCCGAGCACUUCACGGGCUUCUAAACUAAAUUUUA